GUUAAUAGCAAAGUCGAAGACUGGGAUGUCCCCCAGGCACAAAAGAGGUUGAAAGGCAAGGCAAUCUAGCCGAAAGGAUCUAGGAGGUCAGCCUUCAAGAGACUGGGACACGAUGGGAGGAACCAGAACCGACCAUCCAAGGAACGGUUGGGGAUGGAGACGAUUCCAGUGAGUGCUUUUGACCGGCUGGGAAGAGGGGCCAGACAACCUGGUCGAACCAGGCGACCCGAACCACCCCCUCGUGAUGAACCCCAGCACAGCCGGCCACCCCUGGAAGAAGAGGAAGCGGAAAGUAAUUCGAGGCACAUGGGUCUCACCGGGGACGAAAAGUGUUUGCUUUUCUUCCAAAUCCUCCGUGGCCGAGCCGCCGAGUGGUUUCAUAACCUCCCGACCGGUGAGAUUGAUUUUUUCGAUGAACUGGCCGAGAAGGAUGAAGUUGACAAGGUGGAGGAGAUGGACGACAAAACCGCUAUGUCCCUCCUGGUCUCCAGGCUCCGUUCCGGAGAAUUGUACAAAGAGUUCUGCAGGAGACCUCCUCAGUCCUACCAAGAGGCCUACAACACGGCCUACAACACGACUUGGGAUUAUGCAGAUGCUGAGGCUCAGGUUUCUUCCAAGAGCGAAGCCGAGCAAGGCCACCCUAGGGGGCGGACCACCAUAAAGAAGGAAGUUGAACUACCCGGUAGGGUAAAGGCGGAAAUGAUGGAGGUAAAACCUGGAAAGACGGAGAAGAAACCAGCCGGAGAGAAGCAGUGGACAGAAAAGUACUGCUCUUUCCACAAGACGGACUCUCAUAACACUGCUGAGUGCAACAGUGUUAAGGGGGUGAUAAAGCAGAUGAUCGAGGCCGGGAAACUCGAUCAAGAGUACCUAGCCCAGACGAAACAGAAGAAGAACCAGUGGAUCCAGCCUGAAGGACAACCGGCCGAUCAAAACAAGAAGAAGAAAGCAGCUGGUAAGGAGCACUUACAGAUGAUUUACGGGGGACCGGAGGGAGGAGAUUCUGCUUGUCAUAGAAAGAAGUGGGGGCGUGAACUCUACGUGGGUACAGUUGCCUUAAACCCCCGGCAGAAGCAAACUAGACGGGAGCCGAUUACUUUCACAGACCGGGAUCUUCCUGCCACCGGGGAAGAUCACAAUGACCCUUUGGUCAUAACCAUGGACAUGGGUGGAGUUGAUGUCUCCCGGGUACUCAUCGACAUGGGCAGUAGUGUCAACAUUUUGUACCUGGAGGCCUUUGAGAAACUUAAGCUGUGUCGAACACGGCUUGAGCCAUUGAAAACUCCCCUAUCCGGACCGGGUGGUUUAGGACAAGUCAGAGGAGACCAAAAGAAAUCCCGAUCUUGUUAUCUCGAAGCUGUAAAAAAGAUGAUGAAGGCAUUCGAGAGGGUCACCUUGGUUUCUCAGGAGGAGGACUGGUCGAAGCUGGAACCGGGUGAUGAGACCGAGCAGAGUGUUCUCCGAGAGGCAUUCCUGGAGAAAAUGGAGAGGAUUGGCCAGGACCUACCCGAGGGACUUCGAGAGGAGAUCAUCUUAGUCCUUCGGGAAUAUGCUGACAUAUUCGCUUGGAGCGUGGCGGAUAUGUCAGGCAUUAAUCGUUCCAUUCUAUGCCACUGGUUGGUUGUAAUGGAAGGUAGCCGGCCUAUCAAACAACAGAAGAGGCACUUAGCAAACGUUCGGAGGGAGUUUGUCAAAAACGAAUUCAAAAUUGAUUACAAGCCUAGAACUGCGAUAAAGGGCCAAGCCCUGGCCGAUUUCCUAGUUGAACUAACCGGUCUGGAACCUAAGGCGGGACCAUCCCAUACGGUCAAACCGUGGUGGGACAUGGUCGUUGAUGGGGCUUCCAGGCCGAAGGGAUGCGGGGCCGGGAUAGUUUUUACUACUCCUGAAGGAUUCAAGGUUUUCCAUGCCUUGGUGUUUAACUUCAAACUUACCAACAACGAGGGAGAAUACGAGGCAUUGGCCGGUGGGCUCAGAUUAGCCCGGGCACUGGGUAUCAAGAGGAGGAAAAUCCGGUCUGAUUCAAGCCUGGUUGUCGGACAAGUUAAUGGAGAAAUGGAGGUGAAAGAAGAACGUCUCUCCCGGUAUAGUGAUCUAGUCCGAGCUCUUUUGAGAGAGUUGGAGGAAUUCUGCUUGACUAGAAUACCUCGGUCAGAAAACAAUGAUGCUGAUUUGCUUUCCAAGUUGAUGCAAGCUUGUCUGGAGCAUGUAUCAAAGUUGGCUAAAAUUGAGAUAUUGGACGAACCGAGUGCUGACCGGUUGGAGGUCGUAGCUGUCCAGCAAGCAUAUUUGGCCAGUUUUGGGAUCAAGCACAACAAGGUGUCUAUAGCGUACCCCCAAGGAAAUGGCCAAGUUGAAAAUGCUAACCAGACGGUAGUGGACGGACUAACGAAGAGGUUGGGUGAAGAGGGGCGCAAAUGGCUGGAAGCACUGCCUCAUACGGUCUUGGCACAUAGGGUGACUUCUAGGAGAGCAAUGGGGGAGACGCCGUUCGUGCUCACUUAUGGAUGUGAAGCCCGGUUACCAAUCGAGGCAGAAUUCCCAACAUUUAGAGAAGCCGUGUAUCAACCCGGCAGGAACGUGGCCGACCACAUGGCUGAGUUGAAUCUAGUGGAGGAGCGGAGAAUGAUGACAGCUGUCAAAAUGGCCGGUUAUCAGCAAUCAGUAAAGAGAUAUCAUGAUAACCGGGUUGGUCCACGUUACUUCCAAGUGCACAAGGAAGUCUUACGAAGAAGGGAUGCCAGUAAGCCCAAUGAAAGAGGCAAGCUAGUGCGUAACUAGGAAGGACCGUAUCGCAUUAGGGCGAUCAUCCGACCGGGUACUUAUCAGCUUGAGACCAUGGAGGGUGGACGAGUUGACUGACAUUGGAAUUCUCACCACUUGCUCAAAUUUUUUAGAUAAAAUGUAACGUGUUCUCGGUCAUGAAUAAAACUCUAUUCUUUUC